AUGGCUACAGUAGCCAUAGCGGAGUACUGUGUACGUGUGUCCACCUUUGCGAACAUUGUGCUGCGCACUGGUGUACCUGUGUUGUGUUUCAAUGAUAUUGUAUUUUCAUAUAAUCUCAUUUUUGGUCACAUGAGCGGGUCAAAAGAUCCAUUAUUCACAAGGUUUAACUCCGCCUGGGUUGAGGUUGUAUUGGGCCCAGGGCAUGAUUGGAUGGGGAUUGAAUUUGGCAAAGGGUUUCCAUGGGCUGAGGGCUGCAUGUGGCUGAGGGCUGAUGUCUAUCCGUCCAUUGCUCAAGAGCAACUCAUUCAUAUGAAAGUCGGCCACAUGUUGGCCCAUGAUAAAAGUAGAAAGGUUGUCCAAAUCUUAGAUUUGACUGACUUUUGUUUCUUGGCUGGCUUUGCCUUUGUCAAGAAAAAGUCGCUUGGGUUGAGGGUUGUAUCAGGCGGGGUCGGGGGUUGGCAUGAGUGGGGACACAUAGAAAAUACCAUGACCUACCCAACGAAGUAUAUUUGA